AGCUGGAACCGUCGGCUGUCGUAACGCAGGGGAGAUAAGCCUCCACUAGAGCUAAGCACCGAGUGUCAGUUAUCUGUCUUGAGCCUAGAUUAGUCCUCAUUUUACACUAAACCGGAUUCUUUUCCAUCAGCUCAUUUGUCCUUCAUUUGGUUCAUCCGCCUGUCUCUGUCUGUCUGUCUGUCUGUCUGUCUGUCUGUCUGUCUGUCUGUCUGUCUGUCUGUUUGUCUGUCUGUCCUCAACCCCAACUUCCAUCUUUCUGUCUGCUGCUUUGCCUUUGACCCCGGCCUAUCUGUCUAGUUUUUUUGCAAAUCUCUUUCGUCUGACUAUUCUAGUUACCUAUCAGAAAUAUAUUUUAAUCUGUUCGACUUCACUAGGCAUAAAACGCAAACUAAUUUCGGAGCAGAGACCAGAGAAAUAGAAUGCUUAAUUAGUGGAUAAUGGGAACACGAAAUACAAGCAAUAAUUGAUUACAGGUAUGAAUAGUUUAAAUAUUAAUGUAUUUUAAUUAAAACUAAGGAAUCAGCAACGUUCCGGGGUUAUUAUCAACUCAUUCAAUUUUCUCUAAUAUCAUUUUUUUUUUUUUUGUCUUUAACAUACAUACACACCGUACUCGGAUAUAUACAGUCUUCAUUCACCACUUCAACACCCAGGGAGAUAUGUGUGGGUGUGAGUGAGAGAGAGGGAGAGCUGGUUGUGCUGCCAUCGGUCCGGUCGGCGUGCCAGCGUGCAGCACGCGCAAAACGCAUCGCGCGCGCCUCCUGCGCAACUUUGUCCACGAGAGAAGCUGAGGUCCAACGCCGUCGGCCACACAGUGUCGGCUGCUGCUGCUGCUGGUGUGUGCGGGGGUGGACCAUACAACCACCAGCCAGUGGAUGCACACCAUCUCUACAACCUGCCCUCACCUUCCUCUCCACAAAGCUCCGGCACCUGUUGCGACAGAAAGUCAAACUUCUGACUGCAGCAGUGGAUGAAAAAGUAGCAAAGGAAACUUUUUCUUCAGCAAUCAAGAUUUGAUCUUUGUUGUCGCAGUAUUUAUGAUGUUUAUAUCAUCAACAAUGAAUACAAUUCAAGGAGUGGAAAACCUGUAGAUAAACUCUGACAAAACUAAAGUUGUAUUCAGGUGUAAGAGGAUUUGAUCCACACUUGAUGGGUUCAGUUGCCUGGAGUUGACACUGUGUUGUUGCUGUUUAUCUGAUGUGGAUGACAACAGACUGUUUAUGGUGGAGUCAGCAGACGAGAAAGCAAAACUCUGAUCACGCAGUGGCCAUUACUGUUGAUCUGACGUCAUGAUGGUGCCUCUGUGACGUGUAAAGGGAGGUAAUAACGUGGUGACACAAAUCCAGAUGUCGCUGCCGACCAGCUGUACCGAUGUGACGAACUGUUCUGAGGUGGAGGGCGACGUGUACGUGGACAACAACUCGCUGAUAUGCUGGGAGUUCUGUAAUGUCAACGCCUGCACCCUGCAGGAGCUGAGCGAGUGCGUCUACGACUUCAUCCGUCCCACGUGUCUGGAGUGGUUCUUUAUCAGCCUGCACCUCGUCGUCUUUGUCGUCGGCGUGGUCGGCAACUUCCUCGUCUGCUUUGUGGUCCUGCGCAGCAGCCACAUGCAGACCGUCACCAACCUCUUCAUCGUCAACCUGGCGGUCGCUGACUUCGUCGUCCUCAUCUUCGCGUCUCCCACGUCCGUGCUGCAGGCCGUGACGGAGACCUGGUUCCUCGGCGAGACCAUGUGCAAGAUCACCUAUUUCAUUCAGAUCCAGUCGUUUGCCGUGUCCGUGCAGACGUUGUGCGCCAUCGCCGUGGAGCGGUACUUCGCCAUCUGCAAGCCCUUGAAGACGAGGAUCACAAACAGAAAGGUCAGCCUGACCAUCCUCAUCAUCUGGCUCAUCGCCACCAUCAUCGCUCUGCCCGCCGCCAUCUUCAUCGUCAUGGAGCGCACUUUCCGAAGCCUCGAGCUCGCCAACUACCUGACGCACUGCAAGUUCAUGGUGGAUGACCUCUUCCAUCAGAUCUACCACCUGACGCUGGUGGUGACGCUGUACGUGGUGCCCAUGCUGACGAUGGGCGUCUUCUACACCAUCAUCUCCCACCACCUGUGGCACGUCAAGGUACCCGGGGUGUCCGUCCGCAGCAAGAUGCGCAGUGCCGACGACUCGUGCCCCGAGUACCGCAGCAACAGCGACGCGCACCUGGCGUCUAGGAAGAAGGUGGCCAAGAUGUUGAUCGCCAUUGUCCUUCUGUUUGCUGCGUUCUACCUGCCCCAGAAUCUUAUCUUCGCCCUCAGGUACACACGCAUCAUGAACAUUAUGAACAACUGGGAGGGAGUGCCCAUCCUGUUCGUCGCUGCCAACUGGCUUGUCUACCUGAACUCCUCUCUCAACCCGGUCAUCUACAACUUCAUGAGUGCAAAGUUCAAGAAAGAGUUCCGGCGGGUGUUCCGGUCCUCGCGUCCAGAGAGAAGCAACCUGCUGCACGAGAGUACCUACGAGCUGGGAAAGAUGCGACUGCACCAGCGGACCCCCCUCACCCAGUCCUCCGACCUGCAUAACGGCACUCACGUAUGACUGGCCGCCCUCACUUCCGGUUGCACCUGGGGCGGUCCCUUCGCAGCCCUUUGAAGGGCAGCGAGAGCCGACGACUCUGCGGGCUAAGGCCAGCGCUGCUGUGGUGUCAGAGGUCGUGGCCAACAGAGUGUGAUCUGAG